GCUCAGCCGCGUCCGGAUCCGUGGACGCCGCUGCUGGAGCUGUCCAUGGCGUCGUUCCUCGCCAAUUAUGAGUCGACGUACAGCAUCCCUUUUAUAUUGAGGCUGCUGUUUAUGAGGAGGCUUGGCUGCAAAAUGCGACGUGGAUGACGAAAGUGUGAGAGAGGAGAGUGGGCGGGAGAGGCGGCGUGUGAGGCGGCCCGGGCUUGGCUUGGCGAGCGACCACAUCCUCAGUAUACGGGUGCAGGGGACGGCGGCGGGAUGCAGCUCUCUCUCUCUCACGCCACCUUCCUGCUGGCGGCCCUGCUGGGCUCCUGCUGGGCGUCCACCACCGUGAGGCCCACGCCCGCGCCCACACCGACCCUCAGCUCUACGCCCACCACGCCCGAGCACCAGGACGAGAGCCUGACCACGCCGGCGACGACUACCCACGCCGCCCAUCGCGCGCCCACCGGAGACGAAGUCCUGCAGGAGGUGGGUCGGCUCCUGGGCGAGAUGCGGGAGGUCGCGGCGUCCAUGCAGGAGGCACGCGAGGAGCACGGGCGCCUGGCCCACGCCGUGGCGCAGAUCAGCGCCGCCGUCAGAGACAUGGGCGAGCACAACAUCCACAUCAAGAAGAAGGUCCGGAAGAUGUCGAAGGCGCUGAACCGCAGCUCGCACCACCACAAGGUCAAGGACGGCCUCAAGUCGCUCCAGCGCGACCACCAGCGCAUCCUGCACGCCAUGAGCCUCAAUGGCAUCAACAUCAGCCGCCCGGGCGACGAGGGCGCCGAAGGAGACAGCGAGGACGACGCUGAGGAGGAGGAGGCGGGCACCACUAAGGCCGCGGUCGCGAGCGAGGACACGGAGACCGCUGACGACUCCAAGGAGGACGGCGACGAAGGCGGCGACGCCGAAGACACCGACAACAAGAUCCCCGAGCUGGUGGUGGACCCCCCCGGCCCCACCGACCCCCCCCUGCCCGUGGACUGCACGGAGGUCAUGCAGCGCGGCAACUGGACCAGCGGGACCUACCUCAUCCAGCCGCGGGGCCUGCAGCCGCUCAAGGUG